GAAUAUAAACUACAAUCCAAACACACACACACACAGCAAAUUCACAGCCCACCAUUAUUGCUGCUUGUAGCUCACACCACAGUCCCCACCAGUCCAUCCCAAAUCGGCCACCACCUCAAUUUCUUCAAAGCUUCAAAGGAAUAUUCCGGCCGGUUGUUUCGUAAUUUGAGCUCAGGCGAAGGCGGAGAGUGAACUCCCGGAUUCAAGAUCCGCCAUGUUUGGCCGGGAUCCAUGGGGUGGGCCGCUUGAGAUCGCGGCGGAUUCCGCCACCGACGACGACCGGAGCAGGAACCUCCAGGACUACGACAGGGCGGCGCUGUCGCGGCCGCUGGACGAGACGCAGCAGAGCUGGCUGCUCGGCCCCGGCGAGCAGAAGAAGAAGAAGUACGUCGAUCUGGGUUGCGUCAUCGUCAGCAGGAAGAUCUUUCUCUGGACUGUGGGGACCCUUGUGGCUGCUGGAUUGCUCGCGGGGCUGAUCGUGCUGAUCGUCAAGACGGUGCCGCGCCACCACCACCGCCCGCCGCCGCCGGACAACUACACGCUUGCCCUCAAUAAGGCUCUCAUGUUCUUCAACGCCCAGCGAUCCGGAAAACUACCAAAGCAUAAUAACGUGUCAUGGAGAGGAAACUCGUGUUUAAAAGACGGGGAGCCCGGCCUGUUUAAAGAUCUAACUGGCGGCUUUUACGACGCCGGAGAUGCAAUCAAGUUCAAUUUCCCUCAAUCGUUCGCCAUGACUAUGCUGAGCUGGAGUGUGAUAGAGUACGGCGCCAAAUUCGAAGCAGCUGGAGAGCUUAAUCACGUCAAAGAGAUUAUCAAGUGGGGGGCUGAUUACUUCCUCAAGACUUUUAAUCACACCGCCGACACGAUAGAUCGGAUGGUAGCCCAGGUUGGAAAAGGAGAUACGAGUGGAGGUCCAGAUGAUGAAAACGAUCACAGUUGCUGGACUAGGCCAGAGGACAUUGACUACGAAAGACCCGUUUUUCAGUGCAGCAGUUGCUCGGAUCUUGCUGCAGAAAUGGCCGCUGCUUUGGCUUCCGCUUCGAUUGUUUUCAAGGAUGAAAAGGCUUACUCCCAAAAGCUCGUCCAUGGAGCAAAGACUCUGUUUAAAUUCUCUAGAGAUCAACGUGGGAGAUACAGCGCGAGUUCCGAGGCGGCACAGUUUUAUAAUUCGACGAGUUAUUGGGACGAGUUUGUGUGGGGUGCCACGUGGAUGUAUUAUGCUACGGGGAAUAACACGUAUCUUCAGCUCGCUACAACUCCUGGUCUUGCCAAACAUGCUGGUGCUUUCUGGGGAGGCCCUUCUUAUGGGGUACUUAGUUGGGAGAAUAAACUUGCUGGAGCUCAAGUACUUCUGAGUCGAUUAAGGCUAUUCCUUAGCCCGGGGUAUCCCUACGAAGAAAUCCUGAGCACAUUUCACAACCAGACUAACCUAUUUAUGUGCUCGUUCUUACCUUAUUACACAUCGUUUAACCGAACAAAAGGUGGCUUGAUCCAGUUAAAUCACGGUGCGCCUCAGCCUCUUCAGUAUGCAGCGAACGCAGCUUUUCUCGCCACAUUGUUUAGUGAUUAUAUGAAAGCUGCAGAUACGCCUGGCUGGUAUUGUGGGCCCAAGUUCUACUCGACAGAUGUCCUUAGGGAAUUUGCAGAGACUCAGAUGAAUUACAUCCUCGGAAAAAAUCCUCGAAAGAUGAGUUACGUAGUGGGUUACGGGACCCACUACCCGAAGCAAGUCCACCACAGAGGCGCUUCGAUACCCAAGAACAACGUCAAGUACACCUGCAAAGGUGGCCUGAAAUGGAGGGACUCUACGAAGGCAAACCCCAACAUUAUAGUUGGGGCCAUGGUCGCGGGCCCCGACCGAAAUGACGGCUUCAAAGACAAACGCAAUAAUUACAACUAUACCGAGCCGACGCUAGCUGGCAAUGCAGGGCUAGUGGCCGCUCUUGUCGCUCUUUCCGGUGACACGGAUGUUGGGAUUGAUAAGAACACCAUUUUCUCGGCCGUGCCGCCCAUGUUCCCGACCGCACCGCCGCCGCCAGCUCCUUGGAAGCCGUGAGCGAGAGCUUACUGCCGCCGCCAUUUCUCUCUCCUACUUUCUCUCUCUACUCCUAUUUUGGCUUCUGUGUUUGACUCUGGAAAGAAAGACUGAUGAAAGGAAGAAUGAAUACACAGGAAAAAAAAGGCAGAUGGAAGAGCACCUUGGGCACAGAUGGAAAAACAAGUUGGAAUUAUGACAACCUCAAAUUUUUAUUUUUAUUUUUAUUUUAUUUUUGUGUGUGAUAGUAUUUUGUAUGUAAUGAAAUAAAAUUAUAUAUAUUCUGUAGACAGUAGAGUUUUGAACAACAGAUUUUCAGUUUGUUUAUCAUAAUAAACUUUGCUCAAAAUGUGUCACUGUACUAAUUCUUGUAGGAGGUUUCAAGAUU